UGACACGUGGGUAUAUUGUGCAUAACCGCGUGUCUCGCCGUUGACAGAUUUCCGACGUUCCACAUUUAUAUUAUAGUAACUGGACCUUUGAAUCUUCAGACUUGAUAUCGCAUGAGCUGAUUGCGCGCAAUUGUCUCGUUGAAUACUAAUUGUACCCGUCGAAUCACGAUGUUGACCGAUGCCGCUAUCGCGGACGGAGGUUCUGCCGAAGGCGGCAAGCAUCGCUACGGACGCGGAUCAAGGCGAAGAGGUGGCUGCCAGAACAAGCCCGGCGGAGGGGGCUUCAAGCGCACGUUCGACCGGUCGCGGCCGCGUGAAAACGCCAAGAGGCGCAAGCUGGAUGUCGGCAGUAGACUGAAGGAAUCUGACAUAGGAAUUACGGAGUACAUCGGCGAGCACCCGGGCUUUUCCGCGAUAAUCAAGGAGAGGUACAACGACUUUCACGUCAACGAGAUAGACCUCGACGGGCGAGUGGCCAAGCUGACCUGUCAGGACGUCCCGCGUGAUCCCUGCGACGACGAGAGUAUCGAGGAACUGAGAGCGUCGGUGUCGCCGGCGAUAUGGGACCAGCUGCAAGCUUUGGGAAAGGAGAACCCCGCGAGUGUGGAAAUUGACGUGACCAGCGUCGACAAGGUCGAACGCAGGACCAUCCAUACGAUUGCAAAGAAAUUGGCGAAUGUCGUCAGCCAGACGAUAGACAGGGACGACAAGAAGUUCCUCACGAUUGUGCCAAAUACACAAAGCGACAAGAGCGUUCACAAGAUGCGCAAAGACAAGAGAAUAGAUUGGAGCAGAUGCGGCGGGGAUUACUGUCACUUUCUGCUGCACAAAGUGAACAUGGACACCAUAAGCGUGGUGAAUCAGCUGGCCGUGAGCUUGCGGCUGCAGCCGAAUAACGUUUGUUACGCCGGCACGAAGGAUCGCCGAGCGUGGACGACUCAGUGGAUGAGCCUGCGGAAGGUAGAGCCGCAGAGCGUAUUGCGAGCGGGUAGAAGUAUACGCGGCGCGUACGUGGGGAACUUUAAGUACGCUAAAGACAGCCUGAAAUUAGGGAUGCUGCGCGGUAAUCAGUUUAGGAUCGCGCUGAGAAACGUUUGCGAGACGGACGACAAGAUCGAGCGAGCGAUGACGUCGCUGCGGGACAGCGGCUUCAUUAAUUAUUACGGCUUGCAAAGAUUCGGCUCGGUAGCUACCAUACCCACGCACGAGAUCGGGAAAUGUCUGCUUCAGGGUAAAUGGCACGAAGCGAUCGAAUUGAUUCUGAAACCGCGGCCGGAAAACGAUAAGGAACUGGCGGAGGCCAGGCAAAUCUACGCGGAAACCAAGGACGCCCGUGCCGCCUACGCCAAGCUCAGGAGGAUCGAUACGAUCGAGGCCAGACUUCUGAAAGGCCUGCAAAUAUCGGGUGACAAGAAUCCCCUGGGCGUGCUCGACUCAGUGCCUCGGAACAUUCGAUUAAUGUACAUUCACGCUUAUCAAAGUUUCGUAUGGAAUCACAUCGUGUCGAGAAGAAUGAAGCAGUUCGGGACGGAUGUGGUUGUGGGUGAUUUGGUUUAUGACAAGCAGAACGGCAAGGAGAUCAUAAGUGACGAAACUACGGAUUAUCCUUUCCAUGACGUUGAUGCCAUUGGAGAUAAAACUGACGUUACUUCUCUCGAAGAAAAGGACACUGUUCCGAAAACGUCGAGCGAAGUGAGUAAAGAGAAUUCGGAGCAGGAUGAUAUUCCGGUGAAAAUUCUUACGGAAGAGGACUUGUCGAGUUACACUCUGGCCGACGUGAUCAUGCCUCAACCCGGGUGGAAAGUUACGUAUCCGCCGUACGCGAAGGCUUGGUUCGACGAAUUUCUAGCCAAGGAUGGAUUAACCACCGAUCUCAGGCAGAGCAAUAAAAAAUACAGUUUGAGCGGAGCCUAUAGAAAUAUACUAGAAAUUCCGACGAAUCUAUCUUGGAAGAUUAGGCAUUACGAAAAUAAGCAUGACGAUCUAAUUCUGUCGGAUAUCGACGAGAUGAGGAAGCUCACAUCUCCGCAGGAUAAACCAAAUGCGAAGAACAAAGCAUUGAUCGUAGAAAUGUGUCUGAAGUCUAGCAGCUACGCCACGAUGGCUCUACGUGAGAUAUUGAAGAACGACACUUCGGCGGAAACGCAGGCCGCUUUAUCCGCUGCUCAGGAUGCUGCAGAGAGCAUGCAGCUUGAUGUAGCCACCAAUGUAAAUGAAUGUAGUAGCGAAGACUUGAUGGAGAUUGAAAAAGAUAAUACAGAAAAAAGUUCUGUUAAGUGCCAUGAGGAAAUUGAUGUCAAAACGGAUGAGGCAAUGAAGACAAACGAUAUGGAGAACACGGCAGAGAUAUGUCAAAGUUCAUUGUGAAAUAAAAUAUCUUUCGUAAAUG